AUAUAUUUGUUAAGCGAAAGGAGGAAGCUCUCUCUUUAAAGCUAAAAUCAUGUCGCUGGUCUACAUAACACAUCACAAUGAGAAUAUCUUUGAUAUGGAACGCGAGCCCGACAAGCCGCAGGAAGCGAGCUUAGAGGUUCAUGCUACAUCCAAGAAGGCAGCCAAGUUCUCCAAGGGUCUGCGCGAUCGUCUGAGCAUGGAGUACAAGAAGCAUUCGAUGAUUACGCUUCAGGAUGGCAUGCGUCUGCUCACGGAUGCCAAGAAGUCGUAUCAUCGCACCAUGGGCUGUGCCAAUGUGCCGCUGGAUGCGCCCUGCGCUUAUCUGCGCAAGAAUCAGGGCGUCAAGUGGCGUCGCGAGAAUCUGCACGUGUGUCCCAAGGGUGCACAAAUGCCGCCGCUGCCGGCAAUUGGCAAAAAGGAAACGAAGGCCGAUAUGGUGCCCAAUUUUGUGCUGCGCAAUAUCAGGUGUGCACGGAGCACUGUGCGCUGCCCGCCGCCGCCGCGCUACGUGGACACACCCGUGGGCACACGCCAGAAUUUGCUCAACUCGGGCAUGGUGCCGCAGUUUGUGUGCCGCAAGGACUUCGGCAAGGUGCCCGUCUACAUUGAGAAGACCAAGAAGAUGCUUAAGCAAAUGCACGGCGUUUGCUGCAAGGAGCAGGCACGUCUCAUGGAGCUCUGCGGCGGCAUGAAGCCGUCCGAAUCGAUGGAGGCUCUCACUAAACCGACGCGUGCCGACGGUGCACCACCCGAAAUGCCCGGCAUGCGCGUCAUGGAUCAAGCGGAGCGCAACGAUAUACUUGUUGGCCUGCGCGCCCAUUUGAAUGAGAUGACCAAGAGCUAUCAGUCCAUGUCCCUGCUGAUCGACAGCGAGAAUAAGCGUCAGCGCAAGGGCAAAUUGGAGAGUGAUCUGCGCCAGCUCGAGCAGGAUAUAUUGCUGCUAGAGACCAGUCCUAUAAUUUAUGUUUCACUGUAUUAACCUAUGUACUGACACACACUCACACACACUAAAGGGGAGCACGCACGCACGCACACACACACGUACACACAAACGUACACACACAUGCACACUUAAAAAGUACGUUAAAAUAAAAAUUUAACGGCCAUGUUCUAAAUUCCGAAACCUUGUCAAAUCCGCAAAGUUUCGUAAAUACUCAAAAAAAAAACUGGCUGCCUAAAGAAUUGCGGAAUUGAUUCGGCAUCUGAAUUUGGAAUGGCUCGCUUCAUGUUUAUGCAUCCAACA